UCCCGUUGGAGAGCUUCCUCCCACCUCAUCCCGCAGCCAUGCCGCCCCGUGGGAAGAUGCCGACGGCUGCAAAGAAUUUUCCUCCGCGGUAUCACCGAGUUCCUGUCUGGAAAGCUGUUUCAUCCUUGGGCAUUGUACCGCAGAAUCUUGUACUGUAGCGGGGUCUGCAUUGGUGGGAAACUGGAAUCAGGAGCCAGAGCCAGGAAUCAAACCCAGAUGCUCUCCAAAUCCUUGAUUAUGGAAUAUCUGGCUCAUCCUAGUGCACUCAGCUUGGCUGCUGGGGUUGCUUGUGGCAUGUGCCUGGGCUGGGGCCUGCGGGUACGCUUUGGGAUGCUCCCCAAAAGCUUAACGAGCGAGACAGACACAGAGAGUGAAACAGAAGAAAGCAUCUUGGGAGAGAGUGAGGAGUACAAAAUGAUUCUUGUGGUUCGAAAUGACUUGAAGAUGGGAAGAGGAAAAGUUGCUGCCCAGUGCUCCCAUGCAGCCGUUUCUGCCUACAAGCAAAUUCAAAGGAGAAACCCCGAGGUGCUCAGACAGUGGGAAUACUGUGGCCAGACCAAAGUGGUGGUGAAAGCGCCUGAUGAAGAAACCCUGAUUCAGUUACUAACCCAUGCCAAAAUGCUGGGACUCACUGUUAGUUUAAUCCAAGAUGCUGGGCGUACUCAGAUUGAACCAGGCUCACGAACUGUCCUAGGAAUUGGGCCAGGACCAGCAGAUCUAAUUGACCAAGUCACUGGUCACUUAAAACUUUACUAGGUGAACAUUUGUUACAAAGAUGACUUCCCCAGGCAAGUGUUUGAGUCCUGUCAAAUUCUAACAAUAAAAUCUCAGUUUCUUCCCCUACUUGAAAUACUUGGAGGUGAAAAUAAAAGCCAUUCUUUUGUUCUUA